ACAGUUACUAUUAAAGAGGUUGCUAGAACGGAACGUAUUUAUUUGUUUUCCGUUCGCUCUGUCAGCUGGUUGUCUUUCCCUGUCAGUGUGUGACAUAGUGUCAAAGUAAUUCUGUCAUAGCAAAAUCGAUCGGUGUGCAGUGAAAUAGUUCUGGUUCUGAAAUUCGGACAGUAUUUAUUAAACAAAUCCUUAAAAUGUCGAAAGUAAAAACAAACGGCGGUGAUAGCGCCCAGGAUGAGAAAAUAUUGAUGCCAUAUACAUACAUCCAACAAGUACCGGGCAAGCAGAUAAGACAGAAGCUUGCUUCUGCAUUCAACUACUGGCUGAAGAUCUCAGAUGAGAAGCUGCGAGCUGUGGGAGAGAUUGUGCAAAUGCUGCACAACUCUAGCUUGCUAAUCGACGACAUUCAAGACAACUCAAUCCUCCGGCGCGGUAUCCCGGUGGCGCACUCCAUCUAUGGAGUGGCCAGCACCAUCAACGCGGCCAAUUACACCAUGAUCGUAGCGCUGCAGAAGACACAGGAGCUUGGUCAUCCUAUGGCAACAACAGUGUACACAGAACAACUGCUAGAGUUGCACAGAGGGCAGGGCAUCGAGAUAUACUGGCGAGACAACUUCCAGUGCCCCUCCGAGGAAGAAUACAAGGAGAUGACCAUCAAAAAGACGGGCGGUCUGUUCAUGUUGGCGAUCCGUCUGAUGCAGCUGUUCAGUGACAACAAGUCGGACUUCAGCAAGCUCUCAGCUAUCCUCGGCCUGUACUUCCAAAUAAGAGAUGAUUACUGCAACUUACGACUGCAGGAGUACACGGAGAACAAGAGCUACUGCGAGGACCUGACGGAAGGCAAGUUCAGCUUCCCCAUCAUACACGCCAUACGGAACCCCGAGGGCGACAACCAAGUGCUUCAUAUUCUACGUCAACGCACACGUGACCUGGAAGUGAAACGGUACUGCAUCACCAUACUGGAGCGACUCGGCAGCUUCGCGUACACGCGCGAGACCUUGCAUGGACUCGACGAGGAGGCCAGGAGAGAGGUGGCCAGGUUGGGCGGCAACCCUCAUCUAGAAGCUCUCCUGGAUGACUUACUCAGCUGGCGACGAGAAAUGCCACUCGAAAAACUUGACAACAACGUAUAAACCAGUCGGUACGCCUGUACGCCAUUACGAUCGAAGAUAACAAGGAAUUUAAUUAAUAUUAAUUAUUGAAACCCUGUCACAAUACUAGUUACAAACAAUUCAUUGAAUGGUUUUUUCCUCAAGAAAUAACUGAUGUAUAAACUAUCGCUGGUAUGGCACAACAUAGACUCAUAUAAGACAUUUUUGUGUCUCAUAUAUAGGCAUUGAAUGAGGUUAAGAAAUUUUAAAAUGUAUUGCGAUAUGUAUAUAUGGCAUACCAAAUACAAUUCUUAAAACAAAUUUGAAACGUAAGAAUAUGAAUAAUGAGAAAAUCUCUUUGGUUUAUAUAUUUAAAAUUCAAGGUUCUUUCGUAAUGGCAGUACAAGUGUUGAAUAUAGUAGUAGAGAAACCUUUUUUAUACAUUUUAUUUCAGCACUCUGAAGAGGAAUUUUAUCAUCAUGUUUAGCAAAAACUAAUUAAAAACUAAAAACUACAUAUCUCUUGCUUUUGCCCUUUAUGUGUGUCAAGUGUCGGAAUAAAAUGUAUAAGAAAGCCACCCCAAUGAUUUAAAUUAUUAUUUUGUAAAUCCUAUUUAAUUAUUUGUAUCAGAAAUUUAGAUUGUAGAUGUAAAGACCAUCCAUUUUUUUUGUCAAUCAAAACAACGAUUUUAAAGCGAUAAUUUAACAUGUAAAUAUUUUAUUGUAUUUUUUUUUAAAUUCAGUCAUUAUGAUGCGUUUUACAUUCCGAAUGUUUUAAUUAUGAGGUGGAAGGAGUCAGGUUUAGAAUAGACAAUAAAAGACAUUUUUCAAAGCUAUUUGUGCUUACGUCUCGAAAUUCUUGUCACUUUGAAUGUGCUACAUACAUUUUAUGGAAUUGUUACUUUUAUAUAAACAUAGUUUUAUUGGUUGCUAAAAUUUUUAUCUUCACUUAAAGUGAUACUAUUAAAACCUAGAUAUUUUUACUAGCAAUUUUAUCAAAUAAAGAAUUUUAUUGUAAAUUUAAUCUAUGGUUUAUCGGGCACAGAAUAUAAAUUGUGGCCCCGCGAUUGCACUGCCAUCUAUAACUAAGAUGACGUCACGAGUAACUCUUGCUUUGUAACAUUUGCGCGUCAACGCAUACUUAAACCGCUUUGUACUUAUGCACGAUAAAUGCUUAAAUAGAGAAGCUUCGUUAUUUUGUAUUUAAAUAAAACUCAUGUUUUGGUUUAAUUUGCUUUUUUUUUCACCCGUAACUAUGAAAUUGUAUUAAGAAUUGCUACAUUAUAAUUAAUGAUAUUAAUGUUCUAUUAGAAUUAUUAAUAGUUGCGGUUGGAAUCUCUAAGACAAUGGUAUUAGGGUUGUUCUGUAUUAUAUCCUAUUUUAAAAAUGUUGUAUUAUUAUAAAGUUAAAAGACCUAUCUACAAAUUGCCUAUACAUAUGACCAAAAUGUACGGAAAUCAUGGAGUUAGGAUGUAGCUUUUUAGAAUUAUUAGCGACGUUGCAGUAGUGUUUAAGUAGUUGUUUUAAAUAGUGAUUUCAGAAUGAUUGAACUUUAUAUUAUUAUCAAUCGUCUAAAUACACUUGUAUGUGACAAGUGUUGAAAACAAUUAAAUGUUUGUGAUUUCAAUUUAAACAAAAAAUAAUGCUUCUAUCACAAAUAAAAUUUCUAAAUAUAAAUUUAAUUUGCAUAAUUUGGGCCUCAUUUUCGAAGAUGUGAUGCAAUGCAUGGUAUUCUGGCAUCCCUCGUACACUGUUCAUAUUGGUUUCCGUAGACGAGGCCUUACAGUCUUCUUUAUUCUAGUUAUCAUCCUGUACUUGUAUCCUAUUUAGUGUGUGUUUAAUAACUAACUUGACAUACGCUAGACAAUUGCUUGCAAUGUUUGAACAUUUUCAGCAGCAAAACUAAUAUUUAAGAAUUAGCUUGUUCUUGUUGGUGUAGCUUGGCUAGAUAGUGUAGGAGUGUGUUUUUACUAUUUAACAUUAUUGUAUUAAAAUGGCAGCCAUUUUAUGCACCUUCAAGGGGGAUGCUUCACUUCAUUUAAAGCUGUAAAACGUUUCACGACAACCUUCUCCAUAUCACAGAGUUAUCAUGAUAGCUAUAACAAGAUUACUUGUGUUAUCACAUACGUACAUUGAAGCGUCCACCUAAAUCGUUAUUUAAGGGCGAGGUGUCAAUUAAUUCUAAAAUACUUCACUAUAGGCCUAUGUAUGCAGUACUCAAUCGGUUAGGAGUAAACGAAGUCGAUAUAUAUUUUUUUUGUCUUUAAAUUUUUUUAACUGUUCCUGUUACCAAAGCCUAAUUUAUGGAAACAACGCGCCUUGUUGUACAUUGCUCAUUAUGUUAGUGUUUGCGCGGGCGAUUAUGCUGCCCUUUACUGCCAUCUACGACGAACGCGCACCGCGCUGCUUCUCCAUAAGCGUGGCCUUAGAAUUGAUAACAUUGCCCAAAUAUUCUAUACCUUGAUUAUAAUCUUGUUACUGUAUUAUCUAUUUGUUUGUAGAUAAUAUUCUUUCUAUGAUAAUGUACUUACAUUUCGAAGUAAUGUAUUUUGUAUUCAUUUUACGAUUAUGUAGUGCCAUUAUGUAACUUUGCCUAUUACAUAGUUACUAUUUGAAAUUAAUAAUGACAAACACAUUCCACAAAUUAGAUAUUUUGCUGUUAAAAUUAAAAUAAAAUAAGCUUAAUCGAUUUAUAUAUUCCUGGUUGAUAGAUAUAGAAUUUUCUAGAACCUAGUUUAGUCUAGGUGAGUACUUAAUAGUCAUAUAAGGCUAGCCAAUAACGACAAUAAUAGCUUCGAAAUAAUAACAUGUAGAAAUUAUUUAAAGUUGGAAUUGUAGUUUUGGGGUUGUCAAUAUAAUAAGCAGACAUAUUUUACACACGUAUGUCACAAAUAAAUAAAAUUUGGCGACUGUUAUAAUUUUAUUAUAUAAACAAUUGAUAUAUUUG